UGGUUUUUACAUAAAAGUUUGUCUUAAAAUUUCUUCAUUUAAAGAAUGGAACUAGAUCCGGAUAUUGUAAAAGAAUUUGAAAAUCUUGAUGUGUCCACGCAGAAACCAAGUGAAGAAGAGUUGCGCAGCUUUGAUGCGGAUGCGCCACUCAAGCCCACUGCACAAUUACAACAUCACACUUAUUCAACGAUACCGAAAUUUUUUCAUGCGCCCCCACCACCAAACAAUACCUUGCGGCAAAAUCUGCGCAAAGAGGCGCACUCACUAUUCCUGCAGAAGCGUUCUCAAGAAUUGCUAGACAACGAUGAGCUAAGCGCCUUGUGGACGCUACUGGAGAAGCAUUGCACGCAGGUUACGCCGUUGGGGCAACAACUUAUCGACUACGAUGAUUACCUAAAGCUGCUGGAAGCUGUUAGUGUAAAAUGUCGCAAAUAUCUGACGGCGCGUCUAUAUGCCAAAUUGUUGUGCCAUUCCAUGUACCCUGGCAAAGUAGAAAUCGCUUCCAUCUUCAAUUAUACAAUGCGUAAAGUGUGGCUGACGCAAGGGCGCAUCGGUUUAUCAUUUUACGAUGAAAUAGGUCAAGGGUACCUGCGCGAAAUCGAUAUGGAAAAUUACAUCAUUGACAUCAUACCAACGCUAGCGCAGAUUAGCAGUUGCGUUCAGCCUUCCUUCCAAAGUUUCUAUGUUUGUACAGUCGUGAAAAAGUUUUUCUUUUUUCUUGAUCCGCUGCAUACGGGACGCAUACGCAUACGUGACAUACUGGCUUCAGGUCUGCUAACCGAAUUGCUCGAAUUGCGCGAUGAGGAGGCACCUAAAGAGUCACAAGAGCUCAAUUGGUUCUCAAUGCCUUCGGUGCUUACUGUGUAUGGUAACUAUUUAAAUUUGGAUAAAGAUCAUAAUGGCAUGCUGAGCAAACAAGAAUUGGCCGGUUAUGGUUCGGGCACAUUGACGUCGGUCUUCCUUGAUCGCGUAUUCGAUGAGUGCCGCACUUUCGAUGGGGAAAUGGAUUACAAGACAUUUUUAGAUUUUGUUCUAGCUUUGGAUAAUCGACAUGAGCCACAGUCGCUGCACUACCUCUUCCGAAUACUGGAUGUGCAACACAAAGGCUAUUUAACAGCACAAACAUUGCAUUAUUUCUUCAAAGGCAUACAAGAGCAAAUAAAUGCCGUUAAUGCAGAAGCAGUCACUUUUGAAGAUCUGAAGGACGAAAUUUUCGACAUGGUCAAGUCGAAGGACCCUUUUAAAAUUACACUGCAGGAUUUAAUCAAUUGUGGACAAGCAGAAACUGUUGUCUCCAUCUUAAUAGAAUUUCACAAAUUCUGGGCAUACGAGAAUCGUGAGGACGGUUCCCAUAAUGUUUAAUUUUGGCGCAUGAAAAUUGAAACUUAAUUGAAAGCGAACGAUAAGCAAGGAACGCGACAAUUGUGGGCUAUAUAUGAAGCACAGCAACAACCAGCUGUGGCAAAGGGUGUGCCGACUGCUGAGACUUUGAGCGCUUAACUCUGCUGCCAUUUUAAUGCUAUUAUGCCAUAAGUACACAAAAGGGUGAAGAUUGUUAAAAAUUCGACAUUUAAAUUUAAGUGCUUUAGUAUACGAUAACAAUAACAAAAAAACAUAACAUUCCAGAGCAGCGAUAAGGAGUAAUUACGUGUAAGUGUAGUUUGUUGAUAUAGCAGAUGCGACAGCGAUUACGUCAAGUCCACCUGUGGGUGUGACGCUUAGUAGAUGUACAGCGAUUGAUAAGAAAUACAUAAUGGCUUUGAAAUUAGAUUUUGAAGAUAUGUACAAUCAAAUUUUAGCAUUGCCUUCGUGCUAAACACAAACAAUUCAUUGGUUCUUGUUAAGGCUACUAUUUAAAACGUAUCAAAAUGUUGCCAUUUACUGAGUUGCUUUUUAUUUUCGAGUACUAAUUAAAUUUUGUAGCGUUUUCUUUUCUGAAAGUAAUGUUGCAUUUAUUCUGCCCUGCGCCAGGGCUGUAAAGUUUUCGUGUUCUUUUCUCAGUGUCUUCGCAUGCAUAUUGCGUGCUCUUUCUUUAAAAUGUGGCACUCUGAUGAUGUUGCCAUAUAUGUAAGAAGGUGAAUUUUUUUUCGGGAAAAGAAAACGCCAUUAGCAU